AUGAGAUACUCUUAUUCACCUCAUAGCCUCGUUGUAGAACACAACAUUCUGUUCCUCAGAGGCUUCACGAUAUUGUUCAUUAGUUGCAUAGCUGUUCGGCUUGAUCUGGGUCUUUCCAGCAUCCCCUCUUCGCUGAAAUCACUUCCCCUUGGAGGGCAUUUAAAUUUUGAUGAACUUAGCCUAAGGAAUGCAGCCAGAGACUUUGGAAACAGGUAUCAGUAUCAUCCAAUGGCAGUACUGCAUCCAGAAUCAGUUUCUGAUAUUGCAGCCACCAUAAAACAUGUCUGGAUGAGGGGUCCGAGUUCACAUCUAACGGUUGCAGCGAGGGGUCACGGCCACUCUCUCCAGGGUCAGGCUCAAGCUCAUGGAGGAAUUGUGAUCAACAUGGAAUCACUCAAGGUCCCAAAAAUGCAGGUACACGUAGGAAAUUUUCCUCCAUACGUGGAUGUUUCGGGUGGCGAGUUGUGGAUAAACAUCUUGCACGAGACUCUGAGAUACGGACUGGCGCCAAGAUCGUGGACAGACUACCUGCAUCUGACAGUUGGUGGCACUCUCUCCAACGCUGGUGUCAGUGGCCAGGCAUUUAAGUAUGGUCCCCAGAUAAGUAAUGUUCAGCAGCUGGAGAUUGUUACGGGAACAGGGGAGGUUGUGAACUCUUCCGCUGAGCAUAAUGGGGAACUUUUUCACAGUGUUCUUGGGGGACUUGGCCAGUUUGGCAUUAUAACCAGAGCAAGAAUUGUCCUUGAACCAGCACCUGCCAUGGUGAAAUGGAUUAGAGUGUUGUACUCGGAUUUCACGGCAUUCACAAGAGACCAAGAGCUGUUAAUAUCUUCAGAAAACAUGUUUGACUACAUUGAAGGAUUUGUGAUAAUAAACAGAACUGGUCUGCUAAAUAACUGGAGAUCAUCCUUCAACCCACAAGACCCAGUUCAAGCUAGUCAUUUCAAGUCUGAUGGAAGAACCCUCUUCUGCCUUGAAUUGGCUAAAUACUUUAACGUGGAAGAAAUUGAUGCAGCAAACCAGGAAGUUGAGGAACAUUUGUCCCGUUUAAGCUACAUCCAAUCGACCCUUUUUUCAACAGAAGUUACAUUUGUAGAUUUCUUAGACAGGGUGCAUGUAUCUGAGGUGAAAUUGCGUUCAAAAGGGUUGUGGGAUGUUCCACAUCCGUGGCUAAAUCUUCUGAUACCCAGAAGUCAGAUACACAACUUCGCAGAAGUCGUCUUCGGGAAUAUCCUGACAGAAACUAGCAACGGCCCCGUUCUUAUCUACCCGGUGAACAAAUCAAAGUGGGACAACAGAACAUCUGUUGUGAUUCCAGAGGAAGAUAUUUUCUACUUAGUGGCAUUUCUAACUUCUGCAGUUCCUUCUUCCAAUGGAACUGAUGGCCUAGAAUACAUUCUAAGUCAGAACAAAAGAAUUUUAGAAUUCUGCCAAAGAGCACAACUUGGAGUGAAGCAGUAUUUGCCCCACUACAACACACAGCAAGAAUGGAGGGCCCAUUUUGGUCCUCAAUGGGAAACUUUUCUGCAGAGAAAGUCUGUUUAUGAUCCAUUGGCAAUACUAGCUCCUGGCCAACGCAUAUUUCAAAAAGCAAUAACCUUCUCAUGACAGCAGUCUCCACAUUUUAUUUUAUUGUUAAUAAUCUUUGAAAAAAAAAUAGUCCUUCAUGGAAGUGCCAAAAUUAAAAUGUUAUAUGAUCCAGACAGGUUUGGACACACAGAACAUACAGAAUUAAUGCAAAGGAGGGUUAUUGACUGAUAGCAGAGAAAAAGAGAUAACAGAAUGAUGAAUGCUGAGAUUUGUAUGCUGGCAGGGUAAUAAGAAAAGUUGUCAGUGUGUGUAUGUAUCAUUACUGAUGGAAAAAUUGCAUUACAUGCUCAUGUAGCACCAAGGCAGCAGGGUCCACCUGAGAUCAAUAUGGUCAACAAAAGGGAUAAAAUAUUUGAGACAUUAAUUAUUGUAGGGUUUCCAAAAGAACUUAUAAAUAUUUGAGACAUUAAA